GUUUAUGUACUUGAUUCUUGAAGUGUUGUAGUUUUUGUACCUAUUCUAUUUGUUUUGAAUUUAAAAUGGCUUAAGAUAAAUAAACCCAAAUACUACUAAAUAGUAUUUUUGUUUGAAUUUGGUCGUGUUCAAUGCUAUUUCUGGCAGUAUCUUGAUCUCUACCGACCGUUGUUAAAGCCAACUGUUCAUUUGCUUGUCGUGUCGUUACAAUACAUCCAAAAUGCCUGAAACGGAAAACCAAGACGGGAGUCAAACCCAACGGCUGACCAAUGCCGAUUUUCGUCGUUUGCUCAUGACCCCGAGGAGUUCGCAACCAUCUGCCACUCCUUCGGUAUCUAAUGGAUCCGAGUCGCAAUCAUCGAAAACGCCAUCGUCCAAGUUAGAUGCUGGGGGAUCGAGCGACAAGGCAGAGCUACGGCGUAAGAAAAAAAUAUUCUAUGCCAAACUGAAAAAACAAGAAGAAAAUAAAAUGGCAGAAUUGGCUGAGAAGUAUCGAGAUAGAGCUAAAGAACGUCGAGUAGGAGUCAAUCCAGAUUAUCAGUCUCAAGACCCAGUAGCUGUUGCGAGUGGAUACAGGGCAGUGGCACCCGAUAUGAAAUCUGGUAUGGAUGCGGCAGAACGGAGGCGUCAAAUGAUUCAGGAAUCCAAGUUCUUGGGAGGGGACAUGGAACACACUCACUUGGUAAAAGGUUUAGAUUAUGCACUUCUACAGAAAGUCAAAAGUGAAAUAACUGCGAAAGAACACGAGCAAGAAACAGAAAUGGAGCAACUGGCGUCCAAUAAACCAGCCAAAGAAAAAGCAAAAGAAGAAGAUGAAAUGAUUUUCAAAACACGAUUAGGGAGAAAUGUUUACAGAGUCGCAUUGUCUGAAAAUGAAAUGAUUCGGAACCCGUUAUUUGCACCAGGUCGAAUGGCGUAUAUAAUUGAUUUAACCGAAGACAUUACAGAUACUGACAUUCCGACGACAUUAAUUCGCAGCAAGUCUGAUGUACCUAGCAUGGACGACAGACCAACUUUGACUACAAACGAUAUUGUCAUAAACAAAUUAGCUCAGAUUCUUUCUUAUUUACGGACUGGACCAAAACACUUAAAGAAAUCUAAAAGACGUGACAAACAGGUGUAUGACGAUAACAUUUACCCAGAAUUGCCAGACUACGAACCUUCUACUCUCAAACGUUCUGAACAAUCGUCCAACAAGAAACAAUCAAGUUACUUCAAAGGUUCCAAGGAAGAGGAGAAAGAAGUUGAAAAAGAACAUCACAAACGAGAUGAAAUGGGAUGGGAGGCCUUGAGCAAAACAACGUUUCAGCGUAAAAAUCAAAUGGGCUUGUUAUCUCGUUUAGCUGCCGAGCCAACGGGUUAUGCAGAGUGCUAUCCUGGUUUGGAUGAAAUGCACGAUGCUAUCGAGGACUCAGACGAUGAAGCCGAUUAUACUAAAAUGGAUUUGGGCAAUAAAAAAGGUCCAGUUGGUCGAUGGGACUUUGACACACCCGAGGAGUACGGCACAUACAUGAGUAACAAGGAAGCGUUACCGAAAGCGGCCUUCCAGUAUGGCGUGAAAAUGACAGAUGGCAGAAGGACACGUAAGCAUAACAAGGAGAAAAACGAAAAGGCAGAACUCGAUCGGGAAUGGAACAAAAUCCAAAAUAUUAUACAAAAACGCAAGGUUCCGUCUGGUAGUAAAGACGAUGGAUCAUCAUCGUUCAAAGUACCUAAAUAUUAGAAAAAUAAAUUUGUAUUUAGUCUUGUGCUCUUUUAAUACUUAAACAAAUAAAGCAAUAGUUUGUUAUUAUAAUAAAUAAAAAAAUUAAUGUAUACAAUAGAAUUACAGUUUUUCCCUAA